AUACGAUUUUCUUCUACAAAAAUUUGAGUGUUUUGUUUUUCAUUUCGAUGUAUUUCAUUUGUACCACCUUUUUUAUGUUUUGGGGUAGUGUCGUCAAAAUUGUAUAAAUGCUCGCGCAGUUUCUGUUCAAUCAUUUGAACCAUACACAACAGGUCUAAAAGUAACUCAACAGACGUUUUUCUGCCUCAACCUCAUCUAAAGUAUAGGACUUGUGAAGAGGCCUUAAAUAUUCACGAGCGCCCCAGAGCGUUGCAUCGUCCUAACCAAGCGUAUCGAUGCAGGCGGCUCUGAUUCGGAGAACGAAUGGCAGAAACGUCUUCUUCGGUGGCGGAAGCCUCAUCACGGACAAGUUUGUGCUGACCUGUGGUCACUGUCUGGCAAGGGAGUCGUUGCAAAACCUGACCGUGUGGCUGGGCCUGCAUCGGCUGUCGUUCCCGUCGCUGUUCCAGUGGCGCUCGCGGCCGUGCGCCUUCUUCAUCCACCCGCAGUUCGACGAGGCGACGCUGGUGAACGACAUCGCGCUGCUGCGUCUCAAAGACCGGGUGCCUCUCUGGAGGCUGGGCGGAUACGUGAACACCAUCUGCCUGCCGCCACGGGGAUACCGGCCCGAGGGUUUCGCCCUGGUCAGCGGCUGGGGCUACACGUCCGAAAAUGGUCCCACCUCCGACGUGCUGCAGGUCGUGGAGCUGCCGCUGGUAAACCUGACCUUGUGUAAGCAACUCAUCAGGUUCCUCGUGGAAGACACAAAUAUCUGCGCUGGAUUCCUUGAAGGCGGGAAGGACGCCUGCACGGGCGACUCCGGUGGACCGUUGUUCCAGAUCAUCAACAACACUGCCGUGCAGAUCGGUAUUGUGUCCUGGGGCCGAAGCUGUGCAGUGCCAAACUCGCCCGGCGUCUACACCGACAUUCAACCAUACCUUCCGUGGAUCGAGCGCGUCCUCCGAUACAACAGCACCGCGCUGCCCAGUCGUCGACCUCGCACACGGACUACCGCCUUCGCUGCCCGACGCCGCGGAUCAUGGAACCGCGGGACUCCAACCGUAUGGCGGCGGUUUCCAGUGAGCGGACGUCCGUCGCCUCUGCGAUACGGCGUCGCUGCAUCGAAUGCGAUGAUUCACCCGACACGCCGCACUACUGCGUGAAUGCGCCAUGGUGUCAGCUCGCGCUCACGCAGAGUUUCGUACUGGGAAACGCCGGACGCAAUCUGGCACGUCUAUUAGGGUUAGGCUUCAUUACGGUGGUUCGACCAUCCGUUUACUGAUGGCGCGGGCAAGGCACGGCCCCCAAGACACUUAUCUUAAGAAGGGGAACGGUGCGCUGCAGAGUACGCGCGUGCGAUCAAGACGGAAGUUUACGGGUAUGCACAAUUUGAUCCUGAGUGAACGAAGCCAGACUGAUAAGCCAUUGCUAGUCGUACCGUCACACUUUCUUCCCUUUAAACACCGAAAACGGUCGCUGUAGUGAGCGACAAACCACAAGAGGGGAUAAGACACGCCUAUGAGCCUAUGCUUUUUCGCUUGCUUAUCGCUUAGAGUAUAUCGCUUAGAGUAUCGCGAAAUAGUUGUAAAAAUUUAAUCGCCCAAGUCAAUUGCAGCCUGGUAAAAAGCACGAUAAUAGCAGCGGUUAGCUCACCUGGCAACGCAUGCUCAAAAGAAGUUGUUUGCAACGUGAGGCCUCAGUCGCCUCAGGCAGACGAUGCAAACGAACUUCUGAACUUCAUGAAAAAGAGUGCUUCGCACUUUACUGUAACCUACGUGUAAAGUUAGUAAAAUGCUCAGCGAUUCAAAUGCGAUACUCCAAGCACAUAGCUGUCGGCGCUUUUUGCGUCACUGGUGCACGGGCGCUGGAGACACCGAGCUGACGCGUUGUGGUAUACGAUGGUAGUGAGGGCCCUUGUGACGCAUUGUGACUGCAUUUGGCCCCCCAGCGAUCACUGAGCGCUAACCGGUGGUGCAAGAAGUGCCGGCCACCGUGCGGGCCGGUUAUGGCGUUUGGAUCGCUGAGCACUGUACCCGUUAGCAAUGUGAGCGGAAGCACCGAAAUUGUUUGCAAUUUCCCCGCGUCACGUGGUUUCAAACUUGAUAUCUGAAUAUUGGCAGUUAGCUUGCAGCUGAAUAGUUCCUACCGUUGAAGAUUUUUUUCCUUUUUUUUCGGUUCGGGGAAAUCCUAAACCACUAUUGCCUCUUGAAUGCAAAUUUGAGUGUUCGCUCUUAUGUUUCUCCACGACGGUCCAAACAAAAACGAAACGGAUUAUUUUUAGAACUACUGAAAGUUGAGCAAGUUGGGAGGUGUCUGGCAUUUGUGCUGCCCUUCUCGUUCUACUUGUGUCCGCGUUUGCACGCCUGCCUUUUCGCACCAUGUGUGAUUUUGAUUCCGGAAAGCAAAACCACAAGACAGUGUGGCACAUUUUUGUUCUUUUCAACUAUCUCACGCUCUUCCCAGAAAGUCGUUGACAUCAUCACUGAAAAAACGUUUGCUCAUUCAUUGUGAUCAUAGAUCUGAGCUCAAAUUCCCACAAUAAAGAAAUACAAACACCAUUUACACGUGAUUUCUUGUUAAUAAAACAUGGCAUUGCCACCUGGCUUGACGCAACACAUUCUUUGUGGCCCAAGGAACCUCCAUACGUGAGUGACGCCACUGCCAGAUCUGGAAACCUUGGAGCUUAAAGACAGGUCAUGUUUUAAAUAAAAUUAUUUAUAUUUCUUUUUCUUCCGAUAAUGCACCUUCAUAAUGAAACUUCUGUUCAUCACGAUAUGUUUUAGUUGUCCCAAGGGUGCUCAGCACGAACAUGCGAGUUUGACCCACUUCCAUGUUAAAAUUAAUUAAUUAAAUUAUGGGGUUUUAUGCGCCAAAACCACGAUCUGAUUAUGAGGAAGUUCAGCGCCGCCACUGUCAACCACCGAUGAAUGUUGCACGGCUGCCACACUAUUUCUUCAUCGACCACGUCGGUUAGACUCUAUUGACCGUCUAUACGUGAGGUUAUAGUGAUGUUUAGGCAAUUAAAUUUAAGGGACACCAGUAUUCGGAUUUUGUGUCUUGAUACCAUUAGUUAAUUCAGCUGAAGACGUUGCCAAAGCUGGGAAGACUUCCCAGUUUCGCCAAACUCGGGACUUCCUGCAUCACGUGCCCCAGAUGUAAUCAACAUUUCACCCCAUGUUUUUGUUGAUGUAGUAAAGAUUGCUUUUUUGUACCCUUUCCGGAAGAAAUUCUAGCUUCAUUUAGCGUAUACGGAAUAGCCUUGCGCAGGUAUUACAGGUACUCAACAGGCGCCGCUGGAGGUAACACGUACCUGCGGGAUCA